AUGCAGAAUCAAGAUGCUGCCAUCAAGAAACUUGAGACACAAAUUGGGUACCUAUUCAAGCAUAUUCGCAGCCACAACCUUUGCAGCGAUACUAACUCAAACCAAAGGGAGGAGUGUCAAGCUAUCACCCUCAGGAGUGGGAAGGAACUGAAGGAAUCCUCCCAAAAACCACAAGAGGAGGGCUCAAAUGAAAAAGAAGAAAAGCAAGAUGGAGCUCAAGCUUCCAUUUCAAGUUCACAAAAAGAAGAAGGAAUGUUGAAGCUAGACACCCCAAGAGUUCCAUACCCUCAGCAGUUGAGGAAGAAGGGGGAUGAAAACCAAUUCUUGAGAUUUUUGGAAAUCUUCAAGAAGCUCAAAAUCAACAUACCCUUUGCUAAAGCAAUAGAACAAAUGCCACUCUACGCCAAGUUUUUAAAGGAGCUAAUGACUAAGAAGAGAAGCUGGAAGAACAACGAGACUGUGAUACUAACUGAAGAAUGUAGUGCUAUCAUUCAGCAUAAACUGCCCCAGAAAUUGAAAGAUCUUGGGAGCUUCCAGAUCCCUUGUAUUAUAGGGAAAAUCACAGUAGAGAAGGCUCUAUGUGACUUAGGAGCUAGCAUCAACUUGAUGUCAGUAGCUAUGAUGAGGAAGAUGAAGAUCGAGGAGGCUAAACCAACAAAAAUGGCCUUACAACUGGCAGACUGA